GAGGGAUACUUUAGAUCUAACCUUUAAGUCUAACCUACAAGCAAAACCUACUGACAAGCAAAGUGAACAUGAGUGUUUAUAUACAUUAAGAAUGUUCCGCAGCCAAGACAAAAGACAUGGAAUGAAUUUCCUUUAA